AAUACGUGGUUGGGAUUAUGAAUGGGUGCAGCGGAAGCAUCGUCUACCCGGACAUGACGCCAGCCAAUGGGAAAGUCUUGUGCGUGGGGGUAUGACGUUGGACGCCGUAGUGUGGGGAUUGGAAUGUUACAGUGUAGCAGUCGGAACCACUGCAUUUGGUAACUGGACACUAGGAUCAGAGACUUUCUUAGUUUACAACUUUGUUCGAAUUCUCUCUGUCCAGGGAAAUCGGAACAUUGGAAUAUUUGAAGCCGUGGUUAUUUUUCAUAACAAACCCGUGUUGCUGUGGUUGCUUUCAAAGGAAGAGAAAUGCAGGGAUUUGUAUGGUUACAGUGCUUUAAAUAAACUACGAGCUUUAUUCAAGAAUCAUGAAAUAACCCCCACAUUCUUCGCGCUUCCGAUUCUGUGGUGUGUUGGUCGGUCCAUGGUGUUAAAAUAUAUCUCUGCGGCACUUAGACCUCUCUGUGCUGUGCAGCACAAUCAGCACAGCCUCAGACUGAGACUCAGAGAGUCACAGUGGAAGUAGUUCGCCGGUUUCAGCAAGCUGUUGUGGUCGGCUGCUGACGGCUACUCAUCGGCUGUUUAAAACAGACGUGAACCCGUUGCUAGAUUAGACGAUACACCACCAAUACAGGUUUGUAAAAUGAUAGACAGAAGGGGAGAAAGAUAAAGAAUAAAGAAGUCGCCCACAUGCGCUGGACCAAUCCAAGGAUUUGGGAACGGAAUAAGGUGGAAGAUAAGAGUUUGAAAUCUUUGCAGGCUGGAAGAUGGCGGAUUGGAUCUGGAAGUGGUGAUAGCAAAACUUCGUGGUUUUUGGGAUUUAUUUGUAAAAAUAUCGAUCCAGACAGGACACAUGCAGGCCAAAAAACGCUAUUUAAUCUUGCUGUCCGCCGGCGUCUGUCUAAGUCUUCUGUUCUACUUUGGAGGCUUGCAAGUUCGAGCAACGAGGAGGAAUCCGAACCGGCGUGAGGAUCAUAGCAGAAAUGGUUUACAUUCGGGUCCGGAUCAGACCUGGCCGCAUUUUUCAGACCAUUUACAACCAUUUAUGCCGUGGGAUCAAUUGGAAAACGAGGAUUACAACGUGCACAUAUCCCCAAAACAGAAAAGGGACGCCAAUGCAAGCAUUUACAAAGGUAAACGGUGUCGCAUGGAGUCAUGCUUUGAUUUCUCGAUCUGCAAGAAAAAUGGCUUUAAAGUAUACACCUACCCUCAACAAAAAGGGGAGAAAAUCUCGGAAAGUUACCAAAAUAUUUUGUCCGCGAUUGAGACCUCCAGGUUCUACACAUCAGACCCCAGCCAAGCCUGUUUGUUCGUCCUAAGUUUGGAUACUUUAGACAGAGACCAGCUCUCUCCUCAGUACGUACAUAGCUUGAAAACAAAAGUCCAAAACCUGCACCUAUGGAACAAUGGUAGAAAUCACUUAAUUUUUAAUUUAUAUUCGGGCACAUGGCCCGAUUACACAGAAGACUUGGGAUUUGAUAUCGGCCAGGCCAUGUUGGCAAAAGCUAGCAUUGGGACCGAAAACUUUAGACCUCAUUUUGAUGUUUCUAUUCCGUUAUUUUCUAAAGAUCACCCCAGGACAGGUGGGGAUAGGGGUUAUUUGAAGUUUAAUACAAUCCCACCAUUUAGGAAAUACAUGCUGGUGUUCAAGGGGAAAAGGUAUUUGACAGGGAUCGGGUCAGACACUAGGAAUGCCUUAUACCAUGUACACAAUGCGGAGGAUGUAGUCCUAUUGACUACCUGCAAACAUGGCAAAGACUGGCAAAAGCACAAGGACGCCCGUUGCGAUAAAGACAACGCAGAAUAUGACAAAUAUGAUUAUCGAGAAAUGCUGCACAACGCGACCUUCUGUUUGGCUCCUCGAGGCCGCAGGCUGGGUUCCUUCCGGUUCCUGGAAGCAUUGCAGGCUGCCUGUGUCCCUGUUAUGCUCAGUAACGGAUGGGAGCUGCCUUUCUCAGAAGUAAUCGAUUGGAACACAGCUGCUGUCAUUGGAGAUGAAAGAUUAUUAUUGCAGAUCCCGUCAACAGUCAGGUCCAUCCAUCAGGACAAAAUCCUAGCACUUAGACAGCAAACACAGUUCUUGUGGGAGGCAUAUUUCUCUUCAGUGGAGAAGAUUGUAUUGACUACUUUAGAGAUCAUUCAGGAUAGAAUUUUCAAGCACAUAUCACGCAACAGCUUACUCUGGAACAGCCACCCGGGGGCACUGUUUGCGUUGCCACAAUAUUCUGCUUAUCUUGGAGAUUUCCCUUUCUACUAUGCAGAUCUUGGAAUCAAACCUUCUACCAAAUUUACUGCAGUGAUCCAUGCAGUGACUCCACUGGUUUCACAGUCACAGCCAAUUUUGAAACUCCUUGUAGCUGUCUCCAAGUCUCAGUACUGUGCACAGAUUGUUGUUUUGUGGAACUGUGACAAGCCCUUGCCAGCCAAACACCGCUGGCCACCUACAUCCGUGCCUGUCAUAGUAAUAGAAGGAGAGAACAAGAUCAUGGGCAGUCGCUUUCAGCCCUAUGAUACUAUACUCACCGAUGCUGUACUGAGCCUUGAUGAGGACACAGUACUGUCAACCACAGAGGUGGAUUUUGCCUUUACAGUGUGGCAGAGUUUUCCAGAGAGGAUUGUGGGAUACCCUGCUCGCAGUCAUUUCUGGGACAGCAACAAGGAGAGGUGGGGCUAUACCUCGAAGUGGACUAAUGACUAUUCCAUGGUAUUGACAGGAGCUGCUAUAUACCACAGAUAUUAUCACUACUUGUACACUAAUUACCUACCUGCUAGCCUGAAGAAUAUGGUGGACCAACUGGCUAACUGCGAGGACAUCCUGAUGAAUUUCCUUGUGUCUGCAGUCACCAAGCUGCCUCCCAUUAAAGUCACACAAAAGAAGCAGUACAAGGAGACCAUGAUGGGACAGUCCUCUCGUGCCUCUCGCUGGGCUGAUCCGGACCACUUUGCUCAGCGGCAGACCUGCAUGAACAAAUUUGCCAACUGGUUUGGCACCAUGCCCCUCAUCCAUUCUCAGAUGAGGCUGGACCCAGUCCUUUUCAAAGACCAGGUCUCCAUUCUCCGUAAAAAGUAUCGGGACAUCGAGCGACUCUAACAAACACUAUGCUGGGGUGGGAAACGGGUUAGUUUAUCCCUUCAACUUCCAGCACACCCACAAUGUUUCAAGCCAGGAGGAAUAACUGCACAUGGAAUCACAAGACUCCUGACUGGGAACUCUUUCUAUAUACUAUUAUUACACAGGCAUCCCGUGGCAUUGCACAGGCUGUAAGUGGUUUGCUUGGAUACAAUUUAAAGAAUUAUCUCCACCCACCUCUUUUCUUCAGCUAUGCAGAUUUGUAUUGCUUUAUGGUCAAGGUGUCAGAGAGAGGCCCUGCUUUUUUGUUAGUUUUUUUUCUUUUUAGUUGAUUUUUGCUACUGCUGUUCAUAUUCAAGCAAGAAUCACCAUAUUCAAAGAAACACAACAUCCGAGAUCAGCAAAAAGCAAACUAAAGUGAUGAGUGAAGUGGCAAAAAAUGGGUUAAGAUUAUUUUAAAAUAAACUUUUCCUAGCUUUUCACUAUAGGGUUUUGUCCCCCUUAUUUGGUCUUGGCAUGAUAUUUAUGAGUUAACCCUUCAAGGGUUAAAUAAUACCCUGAUUUGAGUUCAUUUAGAACAACGCAGAAGACAGAGUAGAGAAAUGCUAUUUGUUACAUCACAUAGGCUAUUUCAUUUUUACCACUCCUCCAUUGAGAGAAAAAAUGGGUCUAAUAUAUUAAAGGCUCUGUCGCUAAAAGGGAUUGUUAAAAGAAAUUGUUCGAUGAUUAAAGAGCCUGAUGGUUUUCAUUUUUUAUUUUAUUUUUAUGUUUUAUUCUCAGACAGCCCGCAGGUACCAGGGAAACACUAUUCGUAGGAAAUAGGAAAGGAAAAGUUUGACAAGAGUCAAGGCAAUAUGUCUUUUUUUUAAUUAUAUGAAGGUCUAAUAGCACAAUUGAAAGUUUGAGAGACACAGCAUUUUUAAUUUUAACCUCAUUGUACUUUUAAAAUAAAACCCCAUUUUGAAGGGUAUUUGUAUGUUGUGAUUCUGAAGCAAUACCCACAUGAGCCAACUAAGGUGCAGUGCACCUUCUAAACUCCAGCACUUUGACUUCUCCUUCCACCUAACAAGCCAAGUUAGUAUUUUGAUGUGAACGUGCUGAGAUUUAUAGGGAGUGCUACAGGGCCACCAAAUACAGAACCAGUAACAAGUAACAACAUUUUAUAAAAAAAAAAGAGAGUAUAAAAAUAUGGAAUGUUCUGUAUCUUUGGAUACAAUCUUGAGCAUAGAGGAGUUUAUCUCAUUGAAGGAUCUUAAAUUGGGGGACUUUGCUCAUAACUACUGGGGUGUGUACAAUAUAGUCAAAUCAAAGUAGUUUGGAAUAUCAUUCUCAUUGGUAACACAUACAGUAAGAGGUCGGCAAGAUUUAUAUAAACCAGUAGUUACAAAUAAGUCCUUGCACCAGUUUCAAAUGUUGCUGGUAGAUUAAAUAACAAAGAUACUAUCAGGCUACACAUGCAACUCACUCGAACUUUUCUUUGCUUUCUGUGAACAGAUGCACCAAAGCAAAUAAUGCAAAACUAAAUAAUGAAUUCAUAAGGGAUACCCACUGUCUGCUAGUACUAAUCCUGUUCUUUUGGAAGGUGGAAUGCAUUUUAAAGCCUGUACCCUCUGUAUUCUCCAGUUUAUGGAUAUGCCUGGGGUGGGGGUGGGGGGGGAGACAAAGUGAUGUCAUGGAACAUGGUAGAUAGCAACACUAGACUAUGAGGAAGAGCAAGUUGUUAUCACCAUUUGUUUCCCUAAAGUUGCCAUCCUGAAGGAUGACAUGGAACUACUGUUCAAAUUGUUCUGUGAUAGAGAUAUUUGAGGCAAAUGUACCCUCUUCCCUGUGGUCUACUUUUGCUACUAGACCAGCAUAUGUAUUUUUUUUUAAGCAUAAAAUUACACAUCUGAUUCCUAAAUGUAUUACGUUAUUUUAUAUAUGUAUUUUUUUUAAAUGAAAGUAUGAAAAUAGGAGAAAGUUUAAAAGAGAUAUACAGAACAAGUCAAUUUAUCAUCAUUUUUUUUUUCUUUUUUUAAAUGAUGACCUAUCCUAGUCCUAAUACAGAGAUGUCCCUCAACUGCAUCAUGCAGCUACUGAAUUCUGCUAUGCCUGUAAUGGGGGGAGGAAAAAUCACUUGCAGCAGGGAUUCUGUAGCUGCAACACGGUUUCAAUGCACAUGCAUGUAAAUAUAUUUUACAGAGGAAUUGGCUGUAUGGCUUCCUGACCGGGUUAUUCAUGAGUUUAUCUUUCAGAUACAUGUAUGCUUGUGGGUCAAACACCUUCAUUUGUUUUUCAAUUUUAAUUUUAAGGAAAUGGUGCUCUGACAAGUGUAUUUCCUUGUUACCCUAUCUGUAAUAAAAGUUUUAUUUUUUAA